AUGUGUGGUAUAUUUGCUAUCUGCCAUCAUGGUUGCGCUGAGAAAUUCGAUAUUGAGAAGGCGAAGCAGCUAUCCAGUAGGCAAGCUCAUCGAGGUCCGGAUUUUCGUGGUUCCUAUGUGGAUCCGUCCACUGGUGAUAUACUCUGCCAUGAACGAUUAGCCAUUAUGGAUCUGGGAAUUACCCAACCUAUUGCUGGAAGUGUUCCAACACACCAGGUCAUUCACAAUGGAGAGAUCUACAACCAUAUGAGCUUGAGGAAAAAUGAGUUACAAGGAAAACCCUUGCGCACACACUGUGACUCCGAGGUAAUCAUAUUCAUGUAUGAGAAGUAUCGUGAUUCCAUCGGAGCCAUGUGCAACAUGCUCGAUGGUGUAUUCGCAUUUGCCCUUUGUCACGAUGGAGAAUUUUUGGCUGCAAGAGAUCCACUCGGAGUUAAGCAAAUGUACUAUGGGAUCGACAAACUUGGCAGAUUUUUCUUCAGUAACGAGAUGAAGACUUUUGAAGAUAUCUGUGGAUCAGAUACUUUGGCCAUCUUUCCCCCUGGUCAUUACUUCCAACCCGACAAAGGAUUUGUGAGAUACUACCAGCCAGAGUGGUUUGACUAUCGUCUGGCCACCCACGAUGGCGACCUCAAACACAUCCAUGACACUCUAGUCAAUGCAGUUAUCAAGCGUCUCAUGUCCGAUGCUCCACUGGGCAUUCUCUUAUCAGGAGGCUUGGAUUCUAGCCUAGUUAGGUAA